GUUGCCACCUCUCUCACACUCGACGGCUAUAUAAACACCACCGCCGAUCCUAGCCAGUACAGUGACAACACUCCAAGCCGCACCGCUCACUCGCUCGCUAGCCUCCUCCUCCCUCACCGUCCGCCUCCGCAUUAAUUCUUCCCCCACCGCUUCCCAACAAACCCGCCGCCCGCCCUUGACCAUGGCGCUCGCAGCGACACCGCACCGGCGGUGGGCCGUGCCGAUCGCGGCGGUGCUGCUUUCGCUUUCGUUUUCUCUGUCGAUGGCGACGACGCCCGCGGCGCCGGCGCAGCACGUGGCGGUGCCUCCAGCGGCGGCGGCGGCGCCUGGGCCGGCCGCGGGGCUGAGCGCGGCGUGCUUCAACUCGCUGCUCAACAUGUCGGACUGCCUGCCGUACGUGCAGGCCGGGAGCAAGGCGCGGGCGCCGGACAAGCCGUGCUGCCCGGAGCUGGCCGGCAUGGUGGGCUCCGACCCCGUCUGCCUCUGCGAGCUCCUCUCCGGGGCCGCCGACUCCUUGGGCAUCGCCGUCGACUACGCCCGCGCGCUCGCGCUCCCCGGCGUCUGCCGCGUCGCCACACCGCCGCUCAGCACCUGCGCAGCACUCGGCUACAAUGUUCAUCUUGGCCCAUCGCCGGCGCCCGCGCCGGGAUCCCCCUCGCCCAUGUCGCCCGGCGACAGCCCACAGUACCCUGCCGGUCCGUCGCCGUUCGCCUCGCCGCCGGCGUCGCCAAGGCCCAGCCACGCCGCGCGCCGCAUCCACGCCGCCGGCGUCCUCACCGCGCUCUCCGCCUCGUUUGCCGUCGGGAUGGCGUUCUUCUGAAGAGGGCAAGGCCUGGCCAGCGAGACUGUUGAUCGUUCGAUAAAAACUCUGUCGCGGGAAGGGCAUGCUUCUCUCUCUGUUCGUAGCCUUCCAUUAUGGAAAUUCUAGGUUGAUAAUGCAGUACUACCAGUUUAUUUCCCGCCAAUGUGUUGUGUGCUAAUCAAUUAAUCUGUCACUGAAUUACUCGUUUGUGGCGUAUAAAGUAGCAACAACUCUGAAUGCCA